AUGCAGAUGAUUUUUAAUGCAUUUUGUCGGGUACAUGUUAAGCAAUCAAGAAAAUUGUUGGAAUCCAAAGAAGUUGUAACACAUGAUGAUGAUGAUGAUGAUGAUGAUGAUGAUGAUGAUGAUGAUGAUGAUGAUGAUGAUGAUGAUGAUGAUGAUGAUGAUGAUGAUGAUGAUGAUGAUGAUGAUGAUGAUGAUGAUGAUGAUGAUGAUGAUGAUGAUGAUGAUGAUGAUGAUGAUGAUGAUGAUGAUGAUGAUGAUGAUGAUGAUGAUGAUGAUGAUGAUGAUGAUGAUGAUGAUGAUGAUGAUGAUGAUGAUGAUGAUGAUGAUGAUGAUGAUGAUGAUGAUGAUGAUGAUGAUGAUGAUGAUGAUGAUGAUGAUGAUGAUGAUGAUGAUGAUGAUGAUGAUGAUGAUGAUGAUGAUGAUGAUGAUGAUGAUGAUGAUGAUGAUGAUGAUGAUGAUGAUGAUGAUGAUGAUGAUGAUGAUGAUGAUGAUGAUGAUGAUGAUGAUGAUGAUGAUGAUGAUGAUGAUGAUGAUGAUGAUGAUGAUGAUGAUGAUGAUGAUGAUGAUGAUGAUGAUGAUGAUGAUGAUGAUGAUGAUGAUGAUGAUGAUGAUGAUGAUGAUGAUGAUGAUGAUGAUGAUGAUGAUGAUAUCAGAUCAAUUCUUAUCUUUUUUUUAGAAUUUUAUCAAUUUCAAAUAUUGGAUACUUGA